AUGGCGCUUUACGCUAAGUUCCUGAAGGAAUUGAUGACCAAGAAGAGAAGAUGGAAGAACAAAGAGACUGUGGUACUAACCAAGGAAUGUAGUGCCAUCAUUCAGCACAUGUUACCCCAGAAAUUGAAGGACCCUGGGAGCUUCCAAAUCUCUUGUAUCAGAGGGGAAAUCACAGUGGAAAAGGCUUUGUGUGAUUUGGGAGCCAGUAUAAAUCUGAUGUCCUUAGCAAUGAUGAGAAGAAUGAGGAUUGAGGAGGCCAAACCAACAAGAAUGGCCCUUCAAUUGGCAGACAGAUCAUUCAAGUUCCCUUAUGAAGUGGUGGAAGACUUGUUGGUGAAAGUGAGAGACUUUAUCUUCCCAGCAGACUUUGUAGUGUUGGAUAUGGAGGAAGAAGCCAAGGCCUCUGGUGCACGGAUUUUGUGA